GCCGCCGGGAGUUGUAGGCCGCGGGCCGCCGGCGCCCGACAUGGCGGCGGCAGCGGCCGGGGGUGGCGAGGCGCCGGGCGGCCCCGUGGUGCCGCUGCGCAGCGGCCGCAGCAUCCCGGUGCUGGGGCUCGGUACUUCCCAUCAAGGUGGCUAUUCCCAUGAUGCUGUGGUCCAUGCAUUACAGAAAUGUGGCAUUCGUCAUAUUGACACAGCAAAAAGAUACGGCUGUGAAUCUCUUCUCCAAAAAGCCAUUAAAGAGAGUGGUGUGAACCGGGAGGACCUCUGGAUAACCACCAAAUUGUGGCAUAGUGAUUAUGGCUAUGAAAACACAAAACAAGCCUACUUGGAGUCAUGUGAAAGACUUGGUGUUGACUAUCUUGAUCUUUAUUUGAUACAUUGGCCUGAUGCACAUGUUCCGGGUAAAAGCAAUCGGGAGGUCCGAGCUGAAACCUGGACAGCGAUGGAGGAGCUCUAUGAGAAAGGUUUGUGUAGGUCAAUUGGCGUAAGCAACUUUCUUAUCAGUCAUCUUGAGCAACUAAAGGAAGACUGUGUGGUUACUCCACAUGUUAAUCAGGCUGAGUACCACCCUUUCCAAAGACCUCAGGAGCUGGUGGAUUAUUGUAGGAGCAGAGGUAUUGUUUUUGAAGGCUAUUGUCCUUUAGCUAAAGGUGAAGCACUCACUCAUCCUAGUGUCAUUCAGCUGGCAAAGAAAUAUGGCAAAACUCCAGCACAGAUUUGCAUACGCUGGAGUGUACAGAAUGGGAUUGUGACUAUUCCAAAGUCCACGAAAGCAGAAAGGAUACAGGAAAACUGCAAGGUGUUUGAUUUUACAAUAGCAGAAGAUGAUGUUGAAAUUCUAAAUGGAUUGCAUGAUGGGAGACAUGUUUCCUGGGACCCAAGCCUUAUUGUGUGAACGAAGGCUUUUGAUUUUAAUGUGAGGGAAGAAGAUACGGAACAUUUGAACACCAUGAAUAUCAACAGAAAACUAAUUCAUCUAACUUAUCCAUUGUGGAGAGGAUAAUUUAAAACCAGGUUGUUCUAAAGUUCAAAAGUAAUGCAAUUGAAACUUUAAUUCAUUUUAAACUGAAGAAUAGAUUGUUCUUCUGGGUACUUAGGGUACCCAAUCAGUAUCAGUUAAAAAAAUAAUAAAAAAAAGCAGUAACAAUAGCUUGUAUUUAAUGUCACGUUAACAAUUUAAUAAAAUCAUUUCAUUUCCUUUUCUUUGUUGUAUUCUUACCGAUACAAAAAUGCCUAAUUUAAGCGUUUUCUCUGCUUUCUCGAAUCUUUCUGGCAUUUUCUUCCAGUAUGGAUUAAGCUAUCUCACAAUACUGUAAUUAAGUUUCUCUUACCUGCAUGUAUUUGAUUUAAGGUGUCAUUUUAACCCUUUUGAACAAAGCAGUUGUUGCUGUUUUUUUUUCCCCUGACAGAUUUUGUAAAGUAUUGGUUAACUUAAAGGCACAGAUAGGAGCAGGCUUCAAUAUGCAGAACAUUUAUAACUGGUUCAGUUACUAACAGUAAUUGUAAUAAGUAGAUAUUUUUGUCAUUUUGAAAAUCCUACCAGUAAGUUACGUGUGUGUCCAGGUACCUAGAUUUCUGUGAAGAGAAGCCUGACAUCCCUUGGAGUUGAAUUCAUCUGUCUUCCAUUACAGUAAGAUUCAUUUUGCUUACAAAUUUAUAGUAUUCUUCUCUUAAAAAAAAAAAAAAACAACAAAAAACAACAACACGAAAACAAACAAACAAGCAAAUGAAAACAAACAGAUGAUUAGUACUUGGUGCUUCUAUCUGUGCUUUAUGCAAAUAUCGUCAACAGUGUAUUAUGUGAUAGUUUGGAGAAGUUAAUUGGCUUUCAGAUAAAACAUGUAGAACUGAAGGUAGGACAUAAAUGUCCUAAUUCAGAGGAUUACAUCUGUACUGCUUAACAAAACAUUGUAUAAUGUUACGCUGGAGCUAAUUCUAACCCAGCAUGCUUCAUGGUAUCAAAGGCAGUACAGAUGCUUUGGUUUAGUACUCUGUUUGCACAAAUUUAUGCCACAUCGUCUUCCUUCAAGUAAAAUUAUUUUGUAGGAACCACAGUCUGAGCAUUCAAACACUAGGCUACGUAGUACGAACUGCUUUCUUUUCUCAGUUAUGCAGUGUAAAUCUUAAAAAAUUACUCAAAAUACAAUCUCUUUGUUCCAGGUCUACAGCAAAAGUCUGAAUCUGGAGUAAUGUCUUACUUUUCACAUUGUUUUUUACCUUUCUUCUAAUCAUGAGAAUUUUGCGGGUUUCUACAGGCCACUUUGUACUUUCUGGGUGAGCCAAACUAUUCUGUUGGUACUACUUUGAGGAUCUCCUGUCUUGGUCAGGCACUUUAUGGAAGAAUGCCCCUGUUUUGUGGCCUGAAUUAUCUCUGGGUGAAUAAAAGGAUGUUUUGCAUAGAUCAAAAUUGUUGAAGGUGCAUAAGGGUAGUGUGUUGCAGAAAAAUCCUUUGGAAAUCUGUCUUGCAGGGAUUUUUCUCUUUUCGUGAUGGAUAAUGUUCACACACUCCUCUGCUGCAAUUGUCAGUAAUCCAGCAGUGCUGGCACUAAGAGAGCACUAUCUCCUGCUGGUGUCAGAGGCCACUGAUGCAGGCUUUGGGAGUCCCCCAGUUCCCAACUUCUUUUUCUGACAAGGUCAAAGCAUUUUCCUGCAAGACAGCGUAAUUUCCUUUUGCUUAACUAAGAGUUACCAGGAAUUAUGCUGGAGAGAGAUUUUUCAGAUACAAGAUUUUAUUUUAAGAUUCUUUACUUUCUUUUUUUUAAGAUCUCUUUGUAAAGUACUCUGAAAUUCUCAGUGUUGCUCCAAAUGUCAGUGUUGUUAUGCUAACUCUUCUAUCACAAAUUCUGUAAUUCUUGAAGGAUUGUUUGAGUGCUUUUUCAUGGGACUGAUUGGUUUGUCAGGUGUACGUGUACAGCUUUCUUUGGUUUCAUUGGCAUAAAGUGAUCAGUUUGAGUCACGUCAGAUUGUUAUGUGAUUUUAGUUAAGAUGCUAAAGCUAAAAUUUAGGCUUCUUAUCUGGGAGAUCUCACAUUACUGUUGCCCUGUGACUAGCCAGGUUUCUGCAAUGCCCGGAACACUAAGUUCUGGUCGGAAUUUCAACAAGAAUUUUGCUUAUCACAGGCAGCCAAUAAUUCUGUGUAUGUGUGAGACACUACAACAUGCAUUCCUGCUUAUCCUAAAAACUCAAGUAUAUAAGAGCAUAUAUUCAUUAUACUGUCCUUUCUCUUUUUUCUGACUAGGCAAUCUCAGAGUAGAGUUUUCAAAGGAGUUGUACCCUGGAUUUCUGUCAUGUAUUUCAUGGAAUUGCAAGUGUCCUUAACACAGGACCUGGCAGAUAGGAGGGUGCUAAGAAGAGAAUUCUUGUUCUGUUGAUUGGGACGGAGUAUAAUCCUGGCUUAAAUCUUCUCACUAAACGUUUAUCCAUGUGCUCUUGGUAGAGUUGGCUGGAACAGCCUGAAUUUACCUGUUUGUGUGAUUCAGCCCUCAUGAGGAGGUUGCAAUCUGUGCAGCUGAGCCACAUUAACCUACAUUUUCCAAGGUUUUAAACAGCCUUUAGUGCAAAAUCAGCCAGGCUGGCUUCACUUGCCUGAGAAGGGCGAAGCACUAUUUCAGUAUCCUCACUGCUAAGAUGUCAACAUGGGUAUAAAUGUGUGUGGUCAUCUAAUACAAUACUUUUUGUGAUGCAAAUAGCCAGCUGUUUGGGGUGGAACUGAAAUUGCCUAGACAUUUUACACAAUCUCUGACAAAUAAUUUGUUGGAUGUCACGUCUUUGAGUUGGAGCCCUCUCAGUUGGUUUACCAAUAACCUAAACAUGAAAGCUGGUACAUCUGACUACUGAAACCCUGAGUCAUUCUAUCCUUUAAUUAAAGCAUGUUCUUUUAAUAUGUUCCUCUUGCUUAAAAUUAUAUGAGAAUGAUUUCCUAGAGGAAAAUGCCUAAUGAAUGCACUUUUAUUUAGUAUUUUCUAUAGAUUAGCUAAAUAAGGGGGAAAGCUUGAAAUAUCUAGGGUAUGUCAGGCAGUUGCAGGGGAUACAUAUGUCAACCUCAAGCAUGAUUUAUCUUGCAUGCCUUUUCUGACAGUUGUAAUUUAACGGCUGUAUUUUCCUCCAGGCUCUCAGGAGGCUAAACAUCUUUUCAAGUUUCUAGCUUUGUGGUGGAAGAGUCAAUGUCUGUUUGCCAGUGUAAUUUAUCUGAGUCAUUCUGGGAGAGGCGUGGAGCAAUUGAAGCAUGACGAUUAGCAUAAAUAAGGACUCUCCUCCUGAGGGUAGUGUUACUCUUACCGUGUUUCAGAGGAAAGCAGCCUCCCCAUAACAACUGCUACUGCUAAUUGAAUUGUGUGAUGCUAUGAACUAAAAGACCUAAUAUAUUAAGCGCUGGUCUAUUGUGAUAUUCUUUUGCAUUUCAAUUUGAGGUGGAGUUAACAGAGCAAGGAAGGAAGAGGAACAUUUCUGCAGUAAGAGCAACUGUGGGUUAUCAGGAAUCACCCUUUCAUGUUCGCUGAGGUGGGUUUCUUUGAAGAAGGAAUUAUAAAACCUAAACCCACAACUUCUUUUGUAGCUUCUAUAUAAUGACACUGCUACCACUGUUAAUAAAUAAAUAAAUAAAACUUUUCUUCCUAUUAUUAAACACC